UCAGCUUCAGCAUCUUCAGCAAUCAUCACUCACUCGCUACACACUCCACAACUCACUCAUCUUAUUCAAUCUUUACCACCCACCUUCAAAAUGCAGUUCACUCUCGCUUCCAUCCUCGCCCUCGCCGCUGUUGUGGCCGCAGCUCCGGCUCCCGGUCUCGGUCUGCCCAUCCUCGGUGGUGGACAAGACGACAGCCGUGGUGCUGGUCCCCCCAAGGGCGGUGACACCACCACCACCACCACCGAGACCACCAACAGCAACAACAGGGUCUGCUCCGUUGAGAACCAGCAGGUCUGCUGCACUGGCCUUCUCGCCUGCGCUGUCCAGAUUCUUGGAGAUGAUUGCAAGGGCGGAAACGCCUACUGCUGCAACACUGGAGCUGCUACCGGCACUUUGAUCAACAUCGCCCUUGCCAACUGUGUUGAUAUCCUUUAA